AUGAUAAAUCACUCUUACAUUCAUUAGCCUACAAUACAUGUGAACGAUAUCGUAGUUUAAAAAGAGGACGAAUUAAUCUAACAUUCUUUGAAGAAUUUGCCUAGAUUUAAAAAGGUUGAAAUAGUUGGAGAAAUAUUUGCUCUGCUAGUGUUAAUUUUAUGUUGGGCUUUUUUCCAUUAGUCUGUAAUUAAUUUAUAAUAAUAUAAGUUUGUAUAUUUGAAUGAAAAAGUUCCGACUGAAUUUGAUUAUAAUGGAAAUGCAGUUAGAUAUGCAGAUAAAAAUAUUCUUUAUGCACUACCAGCAGUAAUGACUAUAUCAUAUAUCAUCUUAACUAUCUUAUAAUUUGUACCUCAUAGAUUCAAUUAUGAUUGUGGUAAAUAUUGAUACAAAUUAGAGUUGGUUUAACAGUUUAUAAUGCAUAGGAGAUUUAUAGAACAACAAGAAUAACACUUUUAAGUUGUAAAUUAAUCACAGAAUUCUUAUUUACUUAUAUAACAUUUACAAUGUUAUAAGUAGUUUAAUAUUAGUGUGAGCCUUAAAGAAUGUAUUAUGCGUUUGUGUUCAUACUACCUUAUUUAGUAAUUGGUGUAUGCUAUUAUCGAAAAUUAAAAUUAGUAAACAAUCAACCAUAAUAAUUAUGA